AUGGCUCCCAAGAAGGCGAAGAGAGAUGCGAACAGUAUCAACGCCAAGUUGGCCCUGGUCAUCAAAUCCGGCAGAGUCACUCUGGGCUACAAGUCAACCUUGAAGUCGCUACGAACUGGCAAGGCCAAGCUCGUCAUCAUCUCCGGCAACACACCUCCUCUCCGCAAGUCCGAACUCGAGUACUACAGCAUGCUGUCAAAGACCAACGUCCACCACUUCUCCGGAAACAACAUUGAGCUGGGCACCGCUUGCGGCAAACUCUACAGAUGUUCGACCAUGGCCAUCCUCGAUGCAGGCGAUUCUGAUAUCCUUUCCGCCCAGCAGUACCUCGUCAAGAUCACCGGCAAGGAAGGUUUCCAUCUCCGUGUCCGCGCCCACCCAUACCACGUCGUCCGCAUCAACAAGAUGUUGUCGUGCGCUGGUGCCGAUAGACUGCAGACUGGAAUGCGUGGUGCUUGGGGUAAGCCCAACGGCACCGUCGCUCGUGUCAACAUUGGUCAGAUUCUCCUCUCAGUCCGCACCAAGGACAAGGAUCGGGCCACCGCUAUCGAAGCUCUCCGCCGCUCGAUGUACAAGUUCCCUGGUCGCCAAAAGAUCAUCGUCAGCAAGAACUGGGGCUUCACUCCUCUGCGACGCGAUGACUACAUCAAGCUCAAGCAGGAAGGUCGUCUUCUCCAGGACGGUGCCUAUGUUCAGUUCCAGCGCAACAAAGGCAAGCUCGAGCACAACAUUAAGCGUUUCCCGGGAGCGUACGAGGCGACGUCUGAGGCUUAG